AUGUACAUUUACUUAUUAUUAUUAUUAAUCUGUAAAGUAUCGAACGCCGCCUCGGUAGAGGAUAGAGGCCUUUGGGAUCUACUGGGUAGCAUUUUGAAUUAUUCUAAUAGUGCACUCGUUCCAGAGGAUGCGAACCUAUCAAUUACCGAACUGGGGAAUAAAUAUGGAUAUCAUGUCGAACAACACACUGUGACUACCGAAGAUGGAUACAUCUUAAAUUUUCAUAGAAUACCGACACGAAGUAGAAAGGCCAGACCUGUGGUGUUCCUCAUGCAUGGCUUACUAGAUAGUUCAGACACGUGGCUAUUGCUGGGACCCAACAAGGCACUCGCGUAUUUACUAGCAGAUCUCGAGUUUGAUGUUUGGUUGGGCAACAGUAGAGGAAAUAAACAUUGCCAAAACCAUACUUCCUUGUACAAUACAGAUUCCGAUUUCUGGCAUUUUUCUUGGGAAGAGAUCGCAGUGCACGAUUUGCCAGCGAUGAUCGACUACAUCCUUCAGGUCACCGGUAUGCAGAAUUUGUACUACGUGGGCCAUUCUCAAGGCACAACGACGGGCUACGUGUUGUGUGCUAUGAAGCCAGAAUACAAUAGCAAAAUCAAAAUGAUGUUCUCGCUUGCACCAGAGGCCUGGAUGGGCCAUAUAAGAAGUCCUUUAGUGAAAAUAUUUUCCCCCGCUCACAGUGUACUCGCAUACCUACUCUCGGACUUCAGUGCUGAUUAUGCAGGAGUGGACUUCUUCAAUAAAAUAUCAACAUUCGUGUGUACUAUUGUACCGGCAAGAUGUGACAAUGUAUUGUUUGCGCUGUCGGGAUAUGAAACUAAAAUAAACGAGACAUUCUUAGCGGUCAUAUUGGGUCAUUCUCCGACUGGAUCGUCGACGUUUCAAUUCGCUCACUAUGGGCAACUGGUUGAGUCUCAUCGGUUCUGCCGCUAUGACUUUGGUAGACAAGGUAAUUUGGCGGCGUACAACCAGAGCGUGCCUCCUGAUUAUGACCUGAGUCUAGUAACGACACCAGUAGUGAUAUUUUACAGUGCUAAAGACUUGUUAUCGGACCCUAAAGACGUAAAUAUAUUGAUAAAAAACCUUAACAAUGUACGUGAAACCAUUUUCCUAGAAGAUUUUACACAUUUAGACUACGUUUAUGCUCAAGAUGCAGCUGAUGUUAUCUACAAUAAGAUUAUUAGCUGUAUCAUUAGUGAUGAAGAUAACUGA